CAGUAACUGGUUCCUAUCUAAAUAGGGAAUCCCUUCAAAAAGCACGUGAAAGAAUGAGUAAUUUGUAAAGUGUAAACAGUCGGAGUCCCCCAAAACCUGUGCACUCUUGUGAUUCCUUGAGAUGAUUCUAUUUUCAAUAUGGGGAAGGAGAUACAUCCACACUUCGGCGAGUUUACGAAAAAAGACAAAGAUUAAAAUGACAGGUCGAACUCCAAGCUCUCAGCAGUGGCUCAUUCGUCAGAUGAAGGACCCCUACGUCAAACAAGCUCAGGUUGACAACUAUCGAGCUCGUAGUGCCUUCAAACUGCUGGAGAUAGAUGCCAGGUACCAACUCCUCAGGCCGGGCCAUGUGGUCGUCGACUGUGGGGCAGCUCCUGGAUCCUGGUCACAAGUUGCUGUGGAAAGAGUCAAUGCACUUGGAAAAGAUCCAACAAUGCCAUCGGGAAAAGUCAUCAGUGUUGACCUGCAACAUAUUGAACCAAUAGAGGGCGCUAUCCUCCUCCCAAAUGCAGACUUUACUCUGUCGUCAACACAGUCGAGCAUUCUGACAUUACUCAAUGGUCAACUUGUCAACACAGUCGUCAGCGACAUGGCGCCCAACUCCACCGGGGUCCGUUCCAUGGACCAUGAUGUCAUCAUGGAACUCUGCCGAUCUGCUCUCAGAUUUGCGAGGAAAGUUCUAAGAGAGGACGGCAAUUUCCUGUGCAAGUUGUGGCAGGGCCAAGACACUGGACGGUUGAAGGAAGAGCUCACAAAAGGAUUCCGAGGGGUGAAGGUCGUGAAACCUGACGCCAGCCGGAAAGAGUCUGCGGAAGUGUUUCUUCUGGGACGAGGGUUCAAGAGAUACUUAUUUCAUUCUGUAGGUGCGAAACCGUCCAGUAUCGGGACAUGAUUACUGGCACUCAUGGAUACUCGCCUAGAAACAAUUCUUCAAUUCUUUGCUAACCUAUUAACUAUACUUUACGUAUGCACGGAAAUCCCUGCUUCCGUAUGCGCCGAUUCUUUGCUUACGGUAAGCCAUGUUGGCCAAAUUACAUAAAGCUGCUUAAUUGCCGAUUUUGUGCUUACUGCCCAGUUUUCAUUUCAUAGCGCUUCUAACAGUAAGCACACAAAAAGGCAUGCUCACCUUCUGGUGCUUACUGCUCGAAAAUUAAUACCAUAACAUUACAAAUCCAUGGGGAACAUGCAAGAUGGAGGCCUAAUUUUCUUGCUAACCUGUGAAAUACGUUUAUUAAUAAUAAAAAUAACCG